AUGAAGGAACCUGAUGAAUUCAGAAUUAUUGAACCUCUCAGAACCCGUUUGUUUGGUGGAAGUGGAUCCUUUGAAGGGAGAGUUGAGGUUUACUACCAAGGUGCAUGGGGUACAGUUUGUGACGACGGCUGGGAUUUAGAUGACGCCCAUGUAGUUUGCCGCACAUUUGGAUAUUCACGUGCUUCGGCUUUUUACCACAGCGCAAACUUUGGCGAAGGCACAGGGGAAAUUAUCUUGGAUGAUGUAAAUUGCGAGGGAUCUGAGUCGAACAUCGCUUUCUGUCAACACAGCGGUUACCUAACUCACAACUGUGGGCAUACUGAAGAUGCCGGGGUCACGUGUGACGGCAUUGAACCUCUGAGGACCCGUUUGGUUGGUGGAAGUGGAUCCUUUGAAGGGAGAGUUGAGGUUUACUACCAAGGUGCAUGGGGUACAGUUUGUGACGACGGUUGGGAUUUAGAUGACGCCCACGUCGUUUGUCACACACUGGGAUAUCCACGUGCUUCUGCUUAUAACACCAACGCAAACUUUGGCGAAGGCACAGGGGAAAUUAUGCUGGAUGAUGUGACUUGCGAGGGAUCUGAGUCAAACAUCGCUUUCUGUCAACACAGAGCUUACCUAACCCACAACUGUGGGCAUGCUGAAGAUGCCGGGGUCACGUGUGACGGCAUUGCUGCCCUCAUUGGCGUGUUGAUGGGUAAACCUGGCGUCUUAGACAGCAUAUAUAAGGACCACUUGGCGAAUCUGUAUCGUGCACUCCUCAACCAGGACAAGAAGGUGACUGCUGUACCUGAGAAGAGUGUGUCAAACAGUUAA